AUGGUGUUGGACACAUCCAAAACCAAAAAUGGUGUUGGACACAUCCAAAACCAAAAUGGUGUUGGACACAUCCAAAACCAAAAUGGUGUUGGACACAUCCAAAACCAAAAUGGUGUUGGACACAUCCAAAACCAAAAUGGUGUUGGACACAUCCAAAACCAAAAUGGUGUUGGACACAUCCAAAACCAAAAUGGUGUUGGACACAUCCAAAACCAAAAUGGUGUUGGACAUAUCCAAAACCAAAAUGGUGUUGGACAUAUGGAAAACCAAAAUGGUGUUGGACACAUCCAAAACCAAAAUGGUGUUGGACACAUCCAAAACCAAAAUGGUGUUGGACACAUCCAAAACCAAAAUGGUGUUGGACAUAUCCAAAACCAAAAUGGUGUUGGACACAUCCAAAACCAAAAUGGUGUUGGACGCAUCCAAAACCAAAAUGGUGUUGGACAUAUCCAAAACCAAAAUGGUGUUGGACAUAUCCAAAACCAAAAUGGUGUUGGACACAUCCAAAACCAAAAUGGUAUUGGACAUAUCCAAAACCAAAAUGGUGUUGGACACAUCCAAAACCAAAAUGGUGUUGGACACAUCCAAAACCAAAAUGGUGUUGGACACAUCCAAAACCAAUAUGGUGUUGGACACAUCCAAAACCAAAAUGUUGUUGGACGCAUCCAAAACCAAAAUGGUGUUGGACACAUCCAAAACCAAAAUGGUGUUGGACACAUCCAAAACCAAAAUGGUGUUGGACACAUCCAAAACCAAAAUGGUGUUGGACGCAUCCAAAACCAAAAUGGUGUUGGACACAUCCAAAACCAAAAUGAUGUUGGACACAUCCAAAACCAAAAUGGUGUUGGACACAUCCAAAACCAAAAUGGUGUUGGACACAUCCAAAACCAAAAUGGUGUUUGA